UUAAUCAUCAAUCCAAUUAUCUCUAACAACUAUAUAAUAAUAAUCAUAACAAUGAAGUCAUUCCAAAUUAUUGCCGCAUUGAUGCUGGUCACCGUGACCUUGGCCUACGCCAGAAACGCCUACUUUGUCUUCUCCGAUAACACCAACGAGUUCACCAUCAAGCUCACCAACCCAACUUUGAUCCAGCAUGCCCGUGACCUGAUUGCCAACAGAACCGAGGAAGGACGCGGAGUGAUGGGAAUCAUCAAGCGCGGAGACACCUUCUACAACUGGCAGUGGUCAUACUACCUCGACCCAGCCACCAUCUCCUUCUUCGAUAUGGCCGCCGAGGUCUGUGACGCUUCCAUUGACUACGUCGAGAACCACCUCAACGAGGUUGGUGGUGCUCUCCUCCCAGGCAACAGAUGGUGCCCAUGGCAAUCACACUUGGUUCGCGAGCUU